UCCCCAGCUGUGGGCAGAAGCCAAGUUUGGCUGUGUGCACACCCCUGGGGAUUAUCUGAGCAGAGAGAACAAAAACACAGUUUCUUUUUCUAUACCUAUUGCAGACCUCAUCCAACGGCACAAGGAGGUGGUGACCUGAGAAUUCUCUUCCUGUUGCCUGAGAUUGCCCCAUCAUGCAGUGGCUGAUGAAAUUCCGGGUUGUCUGGACCAUCCACAAAUCCUGUCACAGCUUCCAGCCUGCCCUUCAGCACCUGCACUGCGGGUCUUCAUCAGCAACUAGAGCCCAGCAAUGGAGUGACCACGAUACACCUCUGGAAUUUAACUUUGCAAGGGAUGUGAUGGACUACUGGACUCAAAUGGAAAAGGACGGCAAGAGAGCUUCCAGCCCAGCACUGUGGUGGGUGAAUAGCAAAGGGGAUGAAGUGAAGUGGAGCUUCACAGAGCUGACAGACCUAAGCUGCCGAGUAGCCAAUGUCUUCUCACAGACCUGUGGCCUGAAGCAGGGAGAUCACCUGGCUGUGAUUCUGCCCCGAGUGCCUGAGUGGUGGCUCGUGACUGCGGGCUGCAUACGAACAGGGAUCAUCUUCAUGCCAGGGACCACUCAGAUGACAGCCAAGGACAUUCUCUACCGACUACAAAAGUCUCAAGCUAAGGGCAUUGUGACCACAGAGACCCUUGCUCCACAGGUGGACUCUGUGGCUUCUGCGUGUCCCUCCUUGAAAAACAAGCUCCUAGUGUCUGACCACCACCGAGAUGGGUGGCUAGACUUAUGGUCACUGAUCAGAUCAGCUUCCCCCAAACACACCUGUAUUAGGUCAAAGACCAUGGACCCAAUGGCCAUCUUCUUCACCAGUGGGACCACAGGCUUCCCCAAGAUGGCAAAACACAGCCAUGGACUUGCCUUACGAUCCUCCUUGCCUUCAUGGUCUCAGACAUGCUUCAAGUACCCCAUCACCCAGCUCCUUGGCGCACCCGCCAUUUAUCGAAUGAUUUUGCAGCAGAAAUUCACCAGCCUCAGGUUCCCAGCCUUGGAGCACUGCGGUACUGGCGGGGAGGCUCUGUUGCCUGAAGAGCAGGACAAGUGGGAAAAGGAGACAGGCAUUGCUCUCCAUGAAAUCUAUGGACAGUCGGAAACGGGCAUACUGUGCGGUGUUCUAAGGGGAAUGAAGAUCAAGUCGGGUUCCAUGGGAAAGGCCAUCUUGCCCUUUGAUGUCCAGAUCAUUGAUGAAAAGGGCAAUAUCCUGCCUCCCAACACUGAAGGAAAUAUUGGCGUCCGGAUCAAGCCCACCAGACCUAUGGGCCUCUUCAUGUACUAUGAGGAUGACCCAGAAAAGACAGCCCAGGUGGAGUGCGGGGACUUUUACAACACUGGGGACAGAGCAACUAUUGAUGAAGAGGGCUACUUCUGGUUCCUGGGGAGAAGUGACGAUGUCAUCAAUACUUCUGGGUACCGAAUUGGUCCAGCAGAGGUGGAGAAUGCACUGGCAGAGCACCCAGCGGUGGCCGAGUCAGCCGUGGUGAGCAGCCCAGACCCCAUUCGAGGGGAGGUGGUGAAGGCAUUUAUCGUCCUGACUCCACAGUUCCAGUCCCAUGACCAGGACCAGCUUACCAAGGAGCUACAGCAACAUGUCAAGAUAGUGACAGCCCCAUAUAAGUACCCAAGAAAGGUGGAGUUUGUCCCAGAGCUGCCCAAAACCAUUACAGGCAAGAUCAAACGGAGUGAUCUUCGGAAAAAGGAGUAUGGGAAGAUGUAACCAGCAAUCAAUUGAGACCCACUGAAUGACCUUGAGCACACUCUUCAACUUCUCCAACACGGUGGCUAUGGGGCUGAAGGGUUGAGACAGUCCAUCUCAAAAGGGAUCAGCAGGUCUGAGAUCCCUGUUCUGUCCCACUUGAAGUUCAAUGUAGUCACUACACCUCCUCCAACUGCUCUGUCCCUUUGGAGUCAGCCAGGUGAGCACUGGGACUGGGACUUGGGGGAAUAAAAUACCAGCAUCAAUGUCAACAA